AUGGUCGACCCGUCAGUCCCCCAGCCUGGCCCGGCGCGACUGAAGCCCAAUGCCGGCCCAGACGAGUGGCUAGAGGCAGCGAAAAACUGCAAGUACUUGUCGGAACACCACAUGAAGCAGUUAUGUGAGCUGGUCAAGGAAUACAUGAUGGAGGCUGGUGGGAUGCCCGGUGACACUCGUCCUGCCGCCCCUUCCACCCAAGCGCCGAUAAUAACAUCCGAAGACAUCGAGCCCCCGUCAACCAUCACAGAUCCGAAGUUGAAGCGAAGACUACGGAAGAGUUCACCGCCCAACUCUGUAAUUGAGGAUGAUGGCGACGAAGAGACGGGCGGCCAAGCAACAGAGUCGAAAGGAGAUGAUGAGACCGGGGAAGAAGACAAGAGCGCUUCUCCCAUCGGCAACUUCAUCUUCCUAGGCGACUAUGUGGAUAGAGGGUAUUUCAGCCUGGAAACGCUGACGUUACUGCUCUGUUUGAAAGCGCGGUAUCCGAAUAAAAUCACUCUCGUGCGGGGGAAUCAUGAGUCGAGGCAGACCACGCAGGUGUACGGCUUUUAUGACGAAUGUGUGCAGAAAUACGGCAAUGCAUCGGUAUGGAAGGCAUGUUGUCAGGUGUUUGACUUUAUGACUUUGGGCGUUAUCGUUGAUGGCAAGGUGUUGUGUUUACACGGCGGGCUGAGCCCGGAGAUUCGAACGCUGGACCAGGUGCGUAUCGUGGCGAGGGCGCAGGAGAUUCCGCAUGAGGGUGCGUUCUGUGAUCUUGUCUGGUCUGAUCCAGAUGAGACGGAGGAUCUAACAUGGGCCGUCAGUCCUCGUGGAGCUGGUAAGAUUGACCUUUCCUUGACUGCUUACAUGUCGUUUUGUCCAAAGGAGAGGGCCGACGAGUUCUGCGCUGUGAACGACCUUAAUCUGAUUGCCCGAGCUCAUCAGCUUGUCAACGAAGGAUACAAAUACCACUUUGACAGCCAGGCCAUGGUCACGGUCUGGAGUGCACCGAACUACUGCUACCGCUGCGCCAACAUGGCGAGUGUAUGUGAGGUGCGAGAAGACCUCAAGCCGGUCUUCAAGCUCUUUGCUGCCGUGCCCGCGGAGAUGAGACAUGUUCCUGCCUCCCGGCCGCAGAAAGCAGAGUACUUCCUUUAA